GAUAACAGUGUAGUAGUAUCCUUCUCUCAGUUUUGCACAAUGGAAUUCGGACUACAAGAACAAACCAAUGGAUACAAUAUUCAUCCGAGAAGUAAAAGAAGGUAGCCCCGCACACAAUGCUGGGUUGAACAAAGGUGACAGAAUAAUUGCAAUCAACAAUCACCCUUUGACAGGGAAAUCAUAUGCAGAUAUUAUUCAUCUUAUACUCAAGAGUGGCCAGAGGCUAAGGUUAUUAGUUGUACCCAAAGAAGAUGACAUAUUGCAACUGUAUUUUGCCUCAUCUGCAUAUCAACCUGUGCAUAGAGAGGGCAAACAACACAAGUACCUUGUACCUUCAUUUCCUUCAGGUACUGGGCAAUCAAAUCACUUAUAUCGACAGUCAUCUUAUGGUACUUAUCCUGGCAGAGUACUUAACAAAGUUAAAGCAUCUGCUAAUAAGACAGCAGAAAAUCCAAAGCAGUCUUCACAGUGCAUGUAUUUAGGUCCCAGCUUUGCUCACAGUACAAAUGAGGAUUCAAACUUACCUAAUACAUUGCAGGUAGUGCAAGAUUUAGAAAGGAAGGGUUAUGAUCUACCUCUACCUGAGAAAGAAUUAUAUGAGGGUGGAUGCUUCAGUGAAGAUGAAGGACUUUAUCAUCACAAGGAACUGAGAAACAAUGAAUUGUGUAAUUUGCAGCCACCAAAAUUAAAAGAUACAGUUGCUAAUUUUUAUUAUAGUCUCUGUCAUGAUCAACCAACGUCAGUUUUAUCUUUCUCAUCUGAAGAGAACUUGAACUAUCCUAUUUACAUGUCAGAUUUUGAUGAUAUAGUACACUGUGAUAACAUGGAAGAUUCAAGGAAUAACCCGGACUCAUUACAGGGAACUGAUGGGGCAAUAUUGCCCAAUCCUAAUAGGUACCCAUAUCAGUGUGAUAGGCCUCGAUACUCCGGUGGAAAUCCAGCCUGUGAUAGGAUCAGCGACUCUAGUUGCUUGUGUGUGUCAGAUCUUCAAAUGCCAUCUUAUUGGAGAAGUAACAAAAUGUCAAAUACAAAAGAUAUAUCACAAGAAUUUUCUACUGAUCAUAGUUUGAAUCACUCUGCUACAAUCUGCCAUCAUUCAGGUGAGAGUAAUUCAUUGCCCUGUGAUUUCAAUUUCACCGAUAACCAAGAAACACCAUCCAUAAAUUUAGUUGCUCAACGGCGUCACCAAUUUGAAUCUGGAAAUUUGUUAGCUGAAUCAAUGGAACGAAUGAAGCUUUAUCGAAGUGAACUAUCUCGCAUGUCUAAGCCAAAUCAAGUACGCAUUGUGUCUUCUCGUGCAGCGGAGUUUGAAAAUAAAUCACAAAUGUCUGUGGUGUCUCCUACUCGUAACCACAAACAAGAAGCCUGUGUUGAUAAAUUGAAUGAAACAACAGUGCACGAAGAAAAAUACGCUCAGAAUGAAGAGUCAAAUAAGUAUGUUUAUGAUUUGUCUCUGGAUCAUCAAAAUAGCAAUAAGAUGCAGCCUGAGGAUUCGGUACAUGAAAGUGAUCCAAAUAUUUAUGCAAAUGUAACUGCUGAAGACAUUUUAACUCCAGGUGGACCUGGUGUUGUACAUCGCAGGAAGACGGUUCCAGUGUCUUCAGAUCAGGAUGAGUGUCAUAUUGUUCGCCGAAUUUCUUAUCUUCGUGCAACUGCGAAUGAAAGAAUGAAUGUUGAAUCAGAUCUGAGUGAAGAGGAUGAAACUUCUGAUGCAUCUAGUCCAAAUAAAGAAUAUCGCAUUCAGAAAUUGAAAUCUUUCUUUGGAGAAAAGACUCCUAAAGUUAAACAGGCUUUAGUCCCUGUUGAGGCAAAUGACUCUGAUGUAAGCUGUAGUCAUGAACCUCAAGAGGAACAACAGAAGUCAGUCUACGGCUGGGUUAUUUGUAAAGUUGUAUCUUUAGAAGGAAAGCGUUCCAGUGAUAGGUCAUGGAGGCAUCUGUGGGCAAUUUUGCGGAAUAAUAUUCUUUAUUUGCUAAAAGAGAGAAGGGAACCUUCAAAAGGAACUUUAACCGGUGAUGAACAUGUGAUAAAUGUAAAGUAUAGUAUAGCCAAAGUUGCAAAUGAUUAUGUAAAAAGGAAGCAUGUUUUACGUCUGAUGCUUUUAAAUGGGACUGAAUAUUUAGUUCAGACAGAAAGUCAUACAAGUAUGAUGGAAUGGUUGAAAGCGCUUCAGAUUUUUGCAAGGGAGAUAGCUGAGUUGCCAGAAUGGCUGAAAAAUACAUCAGUAUUAGAAAAAGCUGCAGCAUAUGAACAGCAAAUACAGACACAUAAAAAGUCUAGUAGUCAACAACAUCCAAUGAAGAAACUUGUUUUCCGUCAUCGCAGCCCAUCUGAACAUUCCCCUACUGUGAAAACUCGGCGAGCUUCUCAGGGAGAUGAAUUAGCUCUUACAAAAAUUGGUGUAUUGUGGCGUGAUCGAAUGGUUCAAGGUUGGAAGAAAGUACAUGGAACUAAUUCUCAGAUACCAAAAGAUGCUUCAUUUGGAGUAAGAUUAGAGAAUGCACCCCCUGGUGUUACAAAUGAACAUGUUCCUUUAAUAGUGGAGCUUUGUGUGCAAAUAGUGGAAACCAGGGGCUUGGAUGUUGUUGGAAUAUAUAGGGUACCUGGCAAUAAUGCAUCAGUCAGCGUAUUGACUGACAUGGUCAAUCAAGGUAUUGAUGAUAUUGUCCUCAAAGAUGGCCGCUGGAAUGAUGUGAAUAUAGUUUCCAGUUUGCUUAAAGCCUUUUUCCGAAAGUUACCAGAGCCGUUACUUACUUCAUACUUGUAUCCAAAAUUUAUACAAGCCAGUAAAAUAGAUGAUCCAGUUAAAAGGCUGAAAGCAAUCAAAUAUGUGCUCUAUCAACUACCAGUUCACUACUUUGCCACUCUGCGAUAUUUGAUGUAUCACUUGAAGAAAGUAGUUGAACACUCUGACACUAAUAAAAUGGAAGCAAGGAAUUUGGCUAUAGUGUUUGGUCCAACAUUAGUUCGUACUACAGAUAAUAAUAUGGUCACCAUGGUCACAGAUAUGUCUCAUCAGUGUUAUUUAAUUGAAACAAUGAUUGUUUAUGUAAGUGGAUUUUAUCUAUAA